ACUGAUUAACUCGGCCUCAGCCAAUCGGCAGCUCGUCGAACGGCCAUUCUGAGUCUGAACAAACAAAAUCAGACAACGCAUCUCACCCCCUGGCUCCCCGUAAUAUUCGCUCCAUCACCAAGACGACUUGGACUCGACUCGACAGUCUGUUGCUGCACAAGACAGCCCGCAGAAGCCAGAAGCGACCACCUACACCCACGACAAGCCAUCCAUUCACGCAGCUCGCGCCCGUUGGAAACUCACGUCUGUCACCUUCAACCAUCACUCCUCCCACACAUCCUGCUCCGUCACGCCGAACUCGUCGAGACUGCCCACGUUAUGACGAACGCUCCUUCUGUCAGAGCGUCGCAACCCUUCUCCAGUGCCGUGGCAGCGUCCCCGAGUUAGAGUGCAAACAUGUGGAGACGGAACAACAUACCAGACUACCAGAUGGGUUACCAAGCUUAUCCCUAUCCCGAGCCAACAAUGGACGAAAGAUAUCUCGAGACAAUCCCCGAGGUCGAGUCUUUGUACAGUCGCCGCAGUAGUGUCGCGGCCACUGCCCUUCCAGAACUCCCUUUUCGGCCUGUGCCUCCCAUGGAGGAACGAACGUCGGUCUACUCCAUUGACCAGGAUUCAGUCUCUCCUAAUAUCUCCGAUUACAAUCCUCAACAGCCCUCGACUCAGCCGAGACAUCAACAUGACGCCAGUCAAGUCAGUGUCUCACCUUUGAGCAGCCAGACCUCAUUCCACCCUAACGGCUCUGAUGCCUCCCUGGUCUCUCCCAUUGAACCCUCACUUCCAACUCCCACGCAGUCGGACAAAUCGUUCAAAAGUCAGAUACCGCGGAAGUUACCCGUCCCAGCCUCACAGAAUACACCCGAAGAGGGCAUCAAAAAGAGAUGGAAUCUACGGAAAGAGGGAAAUGAAGAGACCCGGUGGGAUGAAUACUCGGGCGAACCCAGCCAGGCAGGGAAGCCCUCUUCCGUCCGUCCUGGAGUGGCAACAUCAUCCGCAGGCGACCAGCCAUACCCCCAACUUAAGGAGAGAACGCGGCAAAUCUUGGCUGGUUUGAAGGAAAGGGAAGCAGUCAAAAAGUCGACUUGGGUGAAGUCUCCGCCACCAAAUCCAGCAGAUGAUCCUUUGGACAACCCCGUCCAGCGGCCACCAUGGAGAGGAGCAAGUGGUAGACACGCGAUAGUAGAACCUGUCAAGAACACCCCGGAAGCUCGUACCCGACCGUUGAAGCUGGUAGAGCGGCAUAAGAUACCCGACCAAGAGACAAGAAGCGAGACACCCGAAGAAACCGACUCUCUCGAAAAGACUGCCAUGUCCCCCAUCGACUCUCUUUCUGUCGCCGCUUCACAACUUCCAACGCUCAAACCUGUGGACUCGGAAGAAAGUCUGAAGCCAGUCGCCCCGCUCAAAACCAGAAAGAUACCACAAGCGCUGUCGCCGCAAGCACUAUCGCCCAAGCAGCUGGAAUACACCCGGCUACUGGACAGCCCAUUUCAGAGCCCUGGUCCACGUCCAUCCAUCGUCGAGCCAGCUCAAAGCCCUGCGCCCAGUACCGUCCAGGAGUAUGGAGCUGACAGUCCUACACUGGGUUCCAAUACCCCCUCGUUUGUCGGCCUCGAGAGGAGCUCGAGCGAGGAUUCAUUCGAUCCUGCCACUCACCAAAACUCGUUACAGCGCGAGCCCGACACCUCAUCCAGUUGGAACACCUAUGGAACCAACGCAACGGAUGAUAGCGGUCAUGUUCCUUCAAGUCCCAUCGCACGAGAGGAACUAACAAGCAGUCCUGUGCCCAUGGCACAGAUCCCCCUUGCAGCAGUUCCAGAACCGAUCGUCCUCCGCAAACGUGUCGCGGCGAAUAAUAGUGGCCACCGCAGCUAUGACAACUACAGCAGCAUCUCCCCCUUCUCCACCAUCUCCUCCCGAAAAUCAUCCAAUAUCCUCAGAAAAGCCGUCGGUAACGAUUCGAACGCCAACGACCGCAAUGGUAAACCACGGGCUGUGUCUCUGAUGUCCUCCCUUUCGGCCACCAAAUCCCUUCCUCCAACACCUGUCGAACUUCAAGCCGCCGAUAAAAUCGCUUCUCUCACAGCCCGACUGGAAGACCUCUCUCGUCGCAAACGAAAUUUGAACAAAAUCAUCCUGGAGCUUCAAGACUCACUAAAGAAGAACGCCAUUGUUUAUGACUCGAGAAAGCGCAAGGAAGUCGACAAGAUGAUCACCAAUCUGAAUUUGGAGAUUCAGGAGGUCAAGAACGAGGAGCACGAUGUUCAACUGAGGCUGCAUCGUGCGCAGAAACGCAGGGAUAAAGACGACUACUACGAGCAACCUACUGGGCUUUGGAUCAAGAGAGUGACCAGUUGAGUACAUCUCAGACCCAAGGCAUUCGGGGUUCGACAUAUCCAGCGGACUAUUCUAAUCCUUGACACUGACUUGUGCAAACAAUGACCUCGCCGUAUUGGCAACCACUUGGUAUGUAUUGGAAAGUCGCAAUUCCUCCUUGAGGGGUUUGUGGGCAGGCUGGAUUAUCAGGAGCGACAUCUUGGUUACGCACGCCUGACUCAAAUCUCAGACCACUUGAAUAUCUGGAUGCUACGAACAAAGAUUGAUCGCUUUCAAACCUCCAAGUUCGUAACAGGAUGUCAAAGCCGUCUCAGCCUGUCCUUACUCGCUGAGCUUUUCAAUAUCCGAUUCCCGACCACAUAUUCCCUUACACCCAGCCACAGCUCAACGUCUUGAACAUACUUACCUGUUCUCCCAACUUCCACGGCCUCUUCCUCGCCUGAGGAGAAUCGACCAACAUCCUCGAUCUCCAUCACUGAACGAAACCCUUGUACAACAAUUUGAAUGCAUUUCAAGCAAUUCUUGGACUUCACUAUACCCCAUCUUGUUCUUUCCUCUCGACCUUUUCCUUUUUUUUUCACAGGGCAACAGUUCCGGCACACACAGAGAUUUGUUUGCAAUGACGGAGGGAGGGGGAAAAUCUGCGGCACACACGGGUAGGAGGCGGCGUGGACUUGGGCGACGCAAUCCUUCUAAAGGAAGCACAUGUAGGUGUGUUGAGUUUCGUACGAGGGUAAUUGGAAGGGAAGCAAUUGCACAAAAAACACAGCAGACAGAUGCGGCUAGCAAUAGCAAUAGCAAAUAACAUCAAACCCA